UCCAUUGCUCCAUCACGACGCCUCAAGGACCGCCAAUUGAAUACGCCAUCACCCUCGACAAUGAUUUCGAGAUCGGCUCUCUCGAGAAGCGUGCAGCAGGCCGCCCGCCGGUCAGGCGCCGUGCCUCGCCGCGGCUAUGCUGCUGCCGCUGCCCCAACCGCAUCGUACGAGACUGCCGAUGUCAGUGGGCUGAAGAUUGCUUCCAAGGAUGCUCACGGACCGACCACGACGCUGGCGGUUGUGGCCAAGGCCGGAACUCGUUACCAGCCGCUGCCUGGACUGACCUAUGGUCUGGAGCAGUUUGCUUUCAAGACCACCCAGCGACGAUCUGCCCUGCGCAUUGCCCGCGAGUCUGAGCUUCUCGGAGGCCAAUUGACCGCCUCUCACACCCGUGAGGCUCUUGUCAUCGAGGCCAGCUUCCUGCGCGAUGAUCUGCCCUACUUCGCCGAGCUCCUGGCCGAGGUUGUGUCCCAGACCAAGUACACCACCCACGAGUUCCACGAGGAGAUUGAACGAGUCCUGCCCUACAAGAAGGCUGCUGUUAACGCCGAUGUUGCCGGCCUCGCUCUGGACAACGCCCACGCCGUCGCUUUCCACUCUGGCCUUGGUGCCGCCUUGAACCCCUCCACCACGGCCCCCUUCCAGAAGUACGUCAACGAGGAGUACGUCGCCAGCUUCGCCGACGUCGUCUACUCCAAGCCCAACAUUGCCGUUGUUGCCGAUGGCGCCAGCUCUCAGGCCCUGUCCAAGUGGGUUGACCAGUUCUUCAAGGGCGUUCCUACUGCUGCCAGCAGCGGACAGACGCUCAAGACUGAGGCCUCCAAGUACUUUGGUGGUGAGCAGCGAACCAGCCACACUUCUGGCAACGCCGUUGUGAUUGCUUUCCCCGGAUCCGACGCCGCUGGCUCCAAGCCCGAGAUCGAGGUUCUGGCUACCCUCCUCGGUGGCCAGUCCACCAUCAAGUGGGCCCCUGGCUUCAGCCUUCUGUCCAAGGCCACCGCCGGAACUCCUGGCCUCUCCAUCGUUUCCUCUAACCAGUCUUACUCUGACGCCGGUCUUUUGACUGUCCAGCUGUCUGGUGCCGCCGCCUCUGUUCGCAAGGCUGCUGAGGAGACCGUCAAGGCUCUGAAGGCCAUUGCUGCCGGCACUGUCAGCAAGGAGGACGUGGCCAAGGCUGUCGCUAACGCCAAGUUCAACCUGCUCGAGAAGGCCCAGACCCGUGGCUCCAGCGUUCUGCUGGCGGGUACCGGCCUUGUCCACACCGGCAAGGUCCAGGACCUCGUUGCCCUGACCAAGUCUCUGGAUGCUGUCACUGCCGAUAAGCUGAAGACGACCGCCAAGGCUCUCCUUGACGGAAAGGCCACAGUCUCUACCGUUGGUGACUUGUUUGUGCUGCCUUAUGCUGAGGAGCUGGGUCUGCGGGUAUAGAGGGGGAAUUAGGGCGUAAAAAGCUUGUACAACAGUCAGAGUCAUCUAGAUGUGGGGGAGGGGCUAAAGUCAUGGUGUUGGUGUGAAAAAGGCCGUCUGUAUUAAAUCCCCUUUUGUUCACUCAAGCGCAUCUGUCCCAUCUUGACCCUUGAAUUGCCGCCAACCCCCAUAUAAUGGCUUAGGGAGAACGGAAAAGGAAAAAAAAAGACGAUAUGAUUAUACCGUAUUAUGGUCUAUGUGGCAUUGGAUUGUAUAAUUGGCUUGCUGAAUGGGGAUGAUGAACGAUAUGAGGGCGGAUUAUGAAGCAUCUCAAGCAUGGCAGUGUGGUAUUGAUGCCACGAUGAUAAUGUGAAGGUGCACUUGUGU